GUAAUGCUUUUUAUAAUUGCAUUUCUACUUUAGGGCGUUUUUAGUGUACAAUUUACGUUCUCACUAAAAUCAAAAGAAUUGAAAUGCUUUGGAGAAAAUAUUGGAUAAAAUAGUUUAGUGGUUGGAGCUAUUUAAGGGAAUUCUAGUGAAUAUUCACUAAAAAUUCAUGUAAUAAUGGGAAUAAUUUUAGAUGCCUACUAAAAAGGUUGAUAAUAUACUUUAAUAUUCUCAUAGUUUAGAAUUACAAAAGUUUUCAUUUACAACUAAUAAUACAUAAUUAAAUUAUUAGUUUUGUAUUCAUAAUUUAGCAAAUAUAUGGAUGAGUUAUAAUUUUACUUUGGUAACAGGAAUGGAUGCUUAAGAUUUUUCAUUGUUAGCUUAAAAAGAAGAUUUAAAACCUUUAGAAAUUCAUUUGAAGAAAUUAAAUGGUUUAGUAAAUGCAAUUGAAGUACUGCAAAUAUAUUUAGAUUUAGCUUGAUCAAAAAGAGAUAGAGGAGAGAUAAUCAAAUAGGUUUUCAGAUGUUUCUAAAAUAUCAUAUAAAAUAAUAUUAUUUAGUGUGAUAACUUUAUUGUUAAUGGUGCUUACAAAUUUUGUAUAAGCUAGAAAAUUAAAACAAUUUUUCAAAUACAAAAAACUCAUUUGA